AUGGCCACCGCUGCAGCACCUUCGUUUCAUUCGACAAAAGAGACAACCAAUUACGCUCGCUUAUGCAGGCUUCUAGUGGGUGUCAGUGCACAUAUCUUGAGAGAGACAUUUGACAAAAGGCGUCCAACAGGAGACCUGCACACAGUUUUGUUAGAUCCUCCAGUUCAUUCAGUCUUAAAAUCACUUCGAAAGAAAAGAAUAGUCAACCCUUCACAAUGGGACAAACUGUACCCCGCCAUCAAGUCUUCAGUUUCAUCAAAGAAUUUCGAUAUCACGUUACUGAUGGUCCUGCUGAGGAACAUUUGUGGUCUUGUUCCUCCGGCUACCGGCUGGGAUACACUUCCUCCUGCAGCAGACACAACCCUUGAGGCAGAUAUCGUUCGUAUCAAGUGCUACAGAAACACAGUUUAUGGUCAUGCCAGCGAGGCCUCAGUUGAUGACGCAACAUUCAGUCAAUACUGGCAGGACAUCCAGGAUGCAUUGGUGAGACUAGGAGGAGCUGGUUACCAAAGUGCUAUUGAUGAUCUGAAAAAGGAAUGCAUGGACCCUGAUUUCGAAGAACACUAUAAAGAGCUUCUUAAACAGUGGGUAGUGGAUGAAGUCAGCAUCAAAGAAAGAUUGGAUGAAAUGACAGAGCUAUUAAAGGAAGCAAUCACUAGUCCUACAAAAAAGUUUAAAGCAGGAGACAAAGGUAUUGUGUAUUAACGGUAAAAUCUGUACACGGCCUUUCGAUCUUUCUUGAGAAAAGAAGAAGAUUAAAGGGCCUCUCAUCAGAGGGUAAUAAGCAAUUUAGCAAUCAGUUCAUUUCAGUAUUAUAAAAUGCCCACCUUUAAAAAUAGCUCAAACUCGGAAAAAUAUCUUCCACUGGAACUGAUCCCUUCCUCUUGGACCCAAAAUUGGAAAAUGACCAGGUGUUGUCUUUUCCAUGCUUUUUUUGGUUGAUGAGCAAGUAAAAUUUUAAUUUUUUUUUGUUCCUCACGCGGGAAGUAAAUAGAAUUGAUAGUUGAAACAGAUUCACUACGAAGGGGAUUUGCACCAAAAAACUGCAGUUAGGUCUUACAGUAUUUACCUGGUUGGGUUCGUCGAAAGAAAGAGAUGGAAAUAAACUAAAAUUCUUAAUGAACUGGAGAUGACAGGGCGCUUUCUCUCCCCUAAGUGUACUUAGGCCAUUCUUAAUCUCCAGCCGUAAAAACAAAAACCACGUGUUUUCUGAGUCAAAGUUAGUUUCUCCCGUACCACAAAUUCCUGGAUCCGCUCCCGAAAAGGGUCGGUUAGCGUUGGUAAUCACAUGAUUUCGAGUACAAUUUACGAUAAAACAGAACGAGUAAAUAUUUGAAACGGGAACAAAUUGCACGAACCUGUAGGGCGAGUACAAUUUGUAGUUAUUGAAAAAUUAACAAAUGCUGAUUUAUCCCGAAUUCCACCAGAAAAAUCAUGCGAUUACUUGUUAAUAAUAUAUUACCCAAAUAUGACUCUGUUUUCCUCUCUAGUUGUUUUUUUUUUCGUGUCAUGGCUCACUGGUUCGGCCGCUUGCCUUUGUCUUGUGCUGGAGUAGUCGAGGUUUUCCCAGGAAUUUGGUUCGGGCUUUUAAACUCACCGUCACGAACAAUCGGGUUUUUGUACUCUUUGUCAAUUAGUUAUCGGUCGACAGCAAUAAUCAGAACACGAAAGAUAUCACGAUCGUUAUCUUCCCCGUCUUUCUUACGAACUGAUGCGUAAAAUUCCUCGAGAAGUUUGUUCAGCGUCCCGACUCAUAUUUUUCAAUGCCCAAAACUUUCAGACUUUUGGCCAGUUGUUUUUGCUGUGUUUUGUAUUUUCAUUUUGGCAUUCUCCAUAAAACUCUGAAUUUAAAAGGUUGUUACCUUCUCCUAACCUCUCCGCCAUUUUGUUUUCUUGCGCUUUCGUGACCCUCUUGGCAAUCAAAUUAUUUUCAUCUUUCUACAAUCAUUUUUAACCUUUUGCCCUCAAUCUCAACUUUGCGCACUCUUUGGGAUUAAUUGACGUGUUCUCAGCCAAUGAGCGUUCUGAAAUGUUUGCAUGCAUUAAUAAUGAAAUAAUUUCACCUUUACACCAACCCCUUGCUACACUUUUCUAAUUGCUCGGUCAGAAUUUGAUGUCAAUUAAUUGCGAACUGAGUCAAGAUUAACUUGCACUUUUUGGAAAGCCUAAUUAAAGCAAAACUCAGCUAGCGUGAUAACCAAUCGCGUUGCAAGUCAGGCAGUUCAAUGGCUUUUCGUCGAGUAUUGGAAAAGUUAAUACAUGAAGGGUUUAUGAAAAUAAAUGCAGGUAACGGUUUUCUUUUCAGCUGUAGCAGAAUACUCUGAUGCAUUGAAAGAAUCAAUAAGAAGGCAAACCGAGUACCUCGUUCAGGCCUCACCGAGCAUGUCCAAUGUGAAAACAGAUCACAUAUUCACCAACAUUCUCAUGCAACAUGGAAGAAAGCCAGUCGAAGAUCUUGAUGUGAAACGAAAAGAACGCCUUCGCCUGUACGGUCAAAUUAGUGGAAAGCAAAUUAAAAGCUCUCAAGAAAUAUUCAUCCCAAUCGAUGAGGAAGAUCCAGAAUCUGUUCUUGUCACUGGAAAGGCAGGCAUCGGUAAAACUCUGUUUUGUCAAAAGCUGAUCAGAGAUUGGGCUGACAACAAAUUGUUUCGAUCCAGAGCAAAUGCAGAAGUACCUGAUUUUAAGUUCGCAUACUUGCUCACGUUCCGUCAGCUUAACCUACUUGGGGACGACCCUGUUACCUUGAAAGAUAUCUUAAACCGAUCUUCAGUGCUCGAUGACCACUCAAAUAUCGACGACUCUAUACUUGAGCACAUUCUUCAUCAUUCCGAAGAAGUUUUGAUUAUCAUCGACGGGUAUGACGAGUGUUCACAACGAGAGUACAUCGCUAGUGAUUCGGAUGAAAAGUACCCAAAUAACGCCAAAGAGAAAAUGCCAGUAGCAGCACUGUGUGCCAAGCUUAUCAAAGGAAAAAUACUGAGAGGUUCGGUCGUCAUGAUCACUUCAAGACCCGACGAAUCUGACGAAAUGAAAGACAGAGAGAUCUAUUUUGAUAGAUACGUUGAAAUUACAGGAUUUUCCGAGCCACAGGUAAAAGAAUACAUUGGAAAGUAUUUCAAAAACAACGACCGAAUGAAAAACAUUGUAAUGGACCACAUUACAAAGAAUGUCAAUCUUGUCAGCUUUGCCCAUGUUCCUGUGCUUUGUUUUCUUAUGUGCUCCUACUUUGAAUAUACUCUACAGCAACCAAAGAAGAAUAAUCCUCUCCCGGUGAAAACAAGUGACCUUUAUGAUGAAGUGGUCAACAUGUUCGUGCAAAAGCACGAUAGAAAGAAAAGAGCCUCUGUCGAAGAGACUCUGGAUGAAUUAUCAAAGCUGGCAGCUCAACUCCUUGAGGAGAGAAAGUUUCUUUUCCUUAGAGAGGAUUUGAAAACUUUGAACUUACACGAGCUUGAAAGUCUGUGUGGAAGCGGCCUUCUUCAUUGCGGUCCUCCUUUCAGAACAUCUUUUUCUGCGACUAAUAAACAUUUUUGUUUUACGCAUUUAACUCUCCAAGAGUACUUAGCGGCUCGUUGUCUCGUAAAGACAAGAAAAAUCCCACCCGGAGAUGUGUCUACAGAAGUAGUUCUAUUUAUGUCCGGUAUUUUGUCCAAGGAAAAAGACAACGAAUUUGUGGAAAAGUUGAUUAUCGAAAAGAUUCUCAGCGUCUUAUCGACAAGUAGAACUUCAAAGGGGCUUUUAAUUUCCAAAUGUCUCCUAGAAUACGAAGACAUCGAGUUUGCCAAGGAAAUAGUAAAGAAAUUUCGCAACGUAUUCUGCCCACUUGUUGGAGAUUUUGAUCUUUCUGACUUGGAGAGCGCCAUUGUGGACUGCAUUACUGUGUCUUUCGCAUUGAUGGUUUUUGGCGAACUUAAUGCAGAGGAAAAAUCUGAAGGGAGUAGAAUCACCACACUUAACCUGAGUCAUCGGAAUGUCGCCAAUUUUGCCAGUCUAUGUCAAGCAUUACAGACACCAACAUGUAAAGUCACCGAACUUAAUCUGGGUUUUACUCAGAUCACCGAUGGCGGUGUUGCCAGUCUAUGUCAAGCAUUGCAGACACCCACAUGUAAAGUCACCGAACUUCUUCUACCUGGUAAUCAGAUCACCGAUGCCGGUGUUGCCAGUCUAUGUCAAGCAUUACAGACACCAACAUGUAAACUCACCGAACUUCAUCUGGAUGAUAAUCAGAUCACCGAUGCCGGUGUUGCCAGUCUAUGUCAAGCAUUACAGACACCAACAUGUAAAGUCACCGAACUUGAUCUGGGUGGUAAUCAGAUCACCGAUGCCGGUGUUGCCAGUCUAUCUCAAGCAUUACAGACACCAACAUGUAAAGUCACCGCACUUGAUCUGGAUAGUAAUCAGAUCACCGAUGCCGGUGUUGCCAGUCUAUGUCAAGCAUUACAGACACCAACAUGUAAAGUCACCACACUUUAUCUGGAUGCUAAUCAGAUCACCGAUGCCGGUGUUGCCAGUCUAUGUCAAGCAUUACAGACACCAACAUGUAAAGUCACCGAACUUUAUCUGGGUUAUAAUCAGAUCACCGAUGCCGGUGUUGCCAGUCUAUGUCAAGCAUUACAGACACCAACAUGUAAAGUCACCAAACUUGAUCUGGGUGGUAAUCAGAUCACCGAUGCCGGUGUUGCCAGUCUAUGUCAAGCAUUACAGACACCAACAUGUAAAGUCACCGAACUUCAUCUGGGUGGUAAUCAGAUCACCGAUGCCGGUGUUGCCAGUCUAUGUCAAGCAUUACAGACACCAACAUGUAAAGUCACCAAACUCCGUCUGUAUGGUAAUCAGAUCACCGAGGCCGCUGAGAAGCGUCUAAUGUAUAUUUUGAUAGAAAACUGUCGUAUCUACGCUUCCUAUGAUGAAGAAGAAAACAUUGGCAAAUACCUUUAUUUUUAG